AUGGAAACGACUGAUGCGACGAGAACCAGAGAUACAACAGAAUCCGUGAAUAGAGCGAAGGAGGACGCGGGAGCCAAGUUGAAGGCUUGUUUUGACGAUGUUGACAACAAUUACAAGAAGUUAGUAGCCACACUCGUGUCCCCCCUUUCCUUCUCUGUCUAUCGUCUUGAUGUAUGAUACUUCAUACUGUGUGAAUCAACUCCACGUUCAAUAUGCUAAUGCGAAUUGAAGAUACAAGGAGGGCACCGACAAAAUUAGAGUCUUCCUCCAGACAUUUGGCAAAGCUGGCGUGAGAGCCCAACCUGAUGAUACAGACGCAAAGCGUCAAGAGAAGCCUCCAGGGAAGUCCAAAAGAAGGCAGAGAGAAAAGCUCCAUGUAAACAAAAAGGAACAGAAAGAGGGGGAGAACAAACUUCAUACACCAAAGUACCCCAUCACACAGGGGCAAUAUAUUAAGUUCGCAGAAGCAAUCGCCAAGGCAAAAAUCUCGGUUCCGAAGCACAUUAAGAAUGUGAUAGACGAGGUGAUUCUGCGUCACUGAGAGAUGCAUCAAAAACACAAAAAGAUGGGUUCGGAAUGGUGGGACAACCAACGUCACUUGAAUUUCAUUCAAGUUCUUGAGAAAGUCCGAGAAUGUGUGAAGCAUUGCCCUGGACAGCGAGAAGAAGAUGGGGAACGAGAAGCAGAAGCUUCGAGUGCGGUUCUGGCAGACCAGCUUGGAGACUUAACUACCAGCAAGCAGCCAGCAAUCUUGUCCGAGAAGGAAGCACAAACACCCGCAGAGGAAAUCGGCAUUAAGAUACCGGAAGACUCGUCCAUUCAAUCGGCGCAAAUACUUGACGACGAAAUCGAGAUCGACGCUGACCCAAUACAUAAUUUGAUGGAAUACCUCGGUAUCUUCUUUUUACAAAUGAAGUCCGUAAGAGAUUUCGUGCGAUCGAUGUGGAAAAAAUACAAUCAAAAAGAGGUCGAUCUUGAUACCGUAUGUAACAUAACCAACAUGGUUAUUGAGAUGAUUGUUGUCAACAUUGCACGCCGAAAGGAGAUAGUCUCCCAGUUCGAAGCCGCACCUGAGGAAGAAGAGUGGAUCCCUUGGGCAUAUGAGCACUUACGCUCCGAAAAGGACACAGAAUAUACCGCCAAGGACUUCGACAAACUGGUUGAAGAAAAAGCUGAGAGCGCAGAUUUUGUGGGCUACUUUGCCUAUAGAUCACUCAAGGGGUUUUUUGGACGCGACAACAAAGGCUCGCUUCAGGAGUUUGUUGAUGCGAGCCAAGGAGUUAAAUACCAAAACAUUCCUGAUGGCAAUUUCCAUAUGCGAUAUCAAAUGGACGACGCAUUACUUCGUCGUUUGUGUUUUGCUCUAGAUGCAACCAUUGAACAUGGAGUCCAGUUUCGAACAGAAGACCAGAUUACAAGAAUGUACAAGAAGUCAAAACAGACACCAUCGAAAUCGCUUUCAAUGGAACUGGUCAUGACAUUGCAGAUCUACCUCGACAUAGUCCACACCCGUGUGGACUUUACUCGAGCUUGUAAAGAUCUCAGGGCAACCGGAGACAGAAUCGAUACAGUUGCGAAGGAAUACUAUAGACAAGAAACAAACGAGGAACUACAAGGACUUGGAAAGAGAAGCAAAACUGACCGGAUAGCUCUUACGCACAUGUUACGCGAUGUUAACAAGUGGAUAAAAAACGAUCCUUUCAAAGCGCUAUCAGAGGCGAUUGGCCCUUUCGUUGAAUCGACGGCAAAAUAUGAGGAGAACAUUCUUUACCGGAUCCACCCCAGGUUCUGCGGAACGAUGGAUAACUGGUUUAAAAACAAGAUGCUCACAAAUUCCAUAAUUUGUGCAAACAAUUUCGACUCCAUCGUUCCUGCAGCACAUCUGUACCACGCCGCAAGAAAGUUGAGGCUUCUGGAUACCACAUGGCAAGACAUGGAGCAUAUCUUGGAGGAGAACCCCACGUUGCUUGGUAAAACUCAAGCCGAAGGUCCUGCACACUUCUGGAUUUGGGCAUGGUGGUUCAACACCAAUAACAAGAGGGAACAUUACCAGAUUGGGAUACUUCGUGUCAAUGCACCAAUUCAAGCCAUGUUUUUCCCCAGUCAGUACCUCUGCGAUUACUAUUUGGCUGUAGGUGAUCAUGUUCCCGAGGCCACAGCAGAAAUGGCCACAUCUGAUGGUGCAGUAAAUCUCCUCGAGCGCGUUUCCAUUUACCUUUCCAGCAAUCGUACCAAUCUGAACUUUGAUUACUAUGCGAUGCAACAAAGUUGCGCUCGUCUGUUAUCAGGUAUCAAGCAGGGCUUGAUCGAGAGACUAAAAGCUAUUAAGCCCAAACAUAUCAGCAGAAUCCCAGAGGAUAAGAUAGUGAUCAAAGAUAUGACCGAGAACUGGGAGGAUUUGAUGCACAUUCCGCAACACAUAUUCUCGUUCCACCCUGAUAUUGUGAAUGAGGUCUUCAUCGGCACAGAACUCAAGAAACAACUCCCUAAAGAUAACGAAAUGAUCGUUCAAGCAGCCGCGAUGAUAGCAGAAGUGAUCAAGAAGAAAGGCUCGGUCAACAUUGACAAAGCCAGGGAGCUUGCACCGACCGCUAUGUCGAAGGAUGAGGGGCGGAAGAAGAUACUCUUAUCAUUAGGGCUGGCCCCUGAUCCAGUUGUCGAGACUCAUGAUCCAGAUGUCGAGACAGAUGACGAGAUUUAUGCCAACGAGAUGGAAAUGUAG